AUGCAACAGGUGAAGGAAAGGCCUGAGGGUGGCAUUGCACCCGGGGGUAAAAGCCUGAGGGAACACGAUACAAAAAACGAUUGCGGGGUCCAUAGAUACGUUUUGCAAAAGACGGAAGGCCCACCUGGGGUUCACUUGCUGUGCGCUUUUUUCUCCACAUGCCCUAACGAUGUAGUAGCCCCAAGUGGAUUUCCUACCAUUAAGGCUCUAGAGAAGCCUUCAAGCAUCAAUUUUGACAAGACAUUCUCACAAGUUUGGUUUGCCACUUAG